AUGGACAGAGACGGCGCCCUGCGUGCUGACGAGCUCGAAGUCGAGGCGCUUCGAGAGCAGGUCCGUUGCCUGGCGGAAGAAGUCCGGCGAUCCGACGCUCGCGCGAGCGAGCGAGACGCAGAGGCGCGUCAGCAGUCCCACACCAACAGUCAGCUCAAGCAGGUGAUCGAUCAAAUGCGCGAGGUUUCCCGCAACUACAAUGAGGAGAGGGCGGCGCACGCUCGGUCGCUGGGAGACGCUUUGUCGGCCAAAGAGUCCGCCGAGCAGGAGGCCUUGUCGGUGAAGAUGCUCUACUCGGAGGUCCAGGAGGAGCUCGAGCGCGCGCUGCAGGAGACGGACCAAAGAAGCACGUCAGGUCAGGAACAGGCGACUCUGUCCAAGCAACUUCGGCAGGCGCAAGCCCGGCUCGAGGAGGCCCGGGAGGACAAGCACCGCCAAGAACAAGCUUCGGCGGCGGCGCUCGCGUCUUCGCAAGCCCUGCACCAGGCGGCUCUUCAGCGGGAGCAGCAGCUGGGGGGCGUUUUGGAGGCGUUCCACGAGGAGAAGGCGACGGAGGUGGAGGUGAUGAACAAGAGGCGACAGGAGGACCUGGCGUCCCAGGCGGCAUCGUUCGAGGCGACCGAGCUGUCGCUCAAGAGGUCGUUCGAGGCCCGGUUGUCAGAGCAAGCGCAGACCCUGGAGCGAGACAGGCUGAAAGACCGUCGCGCGGAGGCCGUGCUCGAGGGGGAGAACGCCAGGAUUAAGGAGGACCUGGCGAAGAGCAGAGCCGCGUUGGAGGCCGCUCUUUUGAGGCUUUCGGGGUCGUGCGACGACACGUUGGACCGGCAGCUUGUGACCAACCUUAUCGUUAGGUAUGUGUCGUCCCAUCACAAGAAACAGGUCUUGGAGCUCAUGGCGAGAAUGUUCAACUUUACCGAGGAGGAAAAAGAGCAGGUGGGGCUGUCGAACAGGGGGCCUACACUUCCGGGAAUGCUGACGGCGAUGUUCGUGGGUGGUGGCCAGGACGGUGACCAUGACCCCGAGGCGGCGACUGCCGAGGCGAAGGCUUCCGCUGGAGAGGCUCUCGGCGACCUGUGGGUCGACUUCCUGAUGGCAGAAACCACGGAAGAAAGCGGCCAGCGGCGAUAA